GCAGCACUGUUGUCCCGGUUCUCCGCAUGGCCCGGUGGUUGAAUAGUCGCCAUGGCCGCAGUUGCCUCCCCCCGCCGUUCUCCACGGCGGUCGCGGUCUGGUGAACCACAGGGGUCGUCACGCCAAGGCCAAUCACCAAAGAGGUCGCGCUCUGCUGAGAAAGGCCAAUCUCCCAAGCGAUCACGAUCAAACAGGAAGGAACGAUCGCCCAAACGAUCGCGAUCAAAUAGGAAGGAAAGAUCGCCUAAACGAUCGCGAUCAGGCCAGCGGCGACGCUCACCACGGCGGUCACGAUCGGGGGAACCGCGACGUUCGCCACGGCGGUCGCCACGGUCGGGCGAGCAGCGCCGACCCACUGGCGGGCAGCGGAACCGACCACGGAGCCGCAGUCCACGGCAGCUGAAUCGGUCCAGGCGUGAGCCGCUUGGUCGUGGCGGAAAUCGUGGAAAUCGUCAAGGUCGUGGAGCAAACGGAACUAGGGUCGAUGAUAGCUGGAAGCGCUGGAGCGGGCGCAGGCAGCGAAGAACUCCCCAACGGAGCAGCAGCUCCAGGCGACAAAAGAAGUCCGGAAGCAGCAGCAGCAACUCCAGGCAGCAAAAGAAACCAGGAAGCAGCAGCAGCAACUCCAGGGAAGUGAAGGAGGUGGAGGUGGUGAAAACGGCCAAGGACAAGGCGAAGGAGACAGUUGCUAAGGAGCGUGAAAAGGCACGGCUGAAGAAGGCAGAGCGGCAAAACGCGGCCAAGGAAAGACAGCAGCGGAAGAAAGAGCUCCGGGAGUCUAAGCAUGAGGAGGUUGAAGAUCUGGAGUUUGUAGAGGUGAAGCAGCCGGCCAAGUGGACAGAGGAGCACAUCAAGAAGCUCUUCGAACUGAUGGAUCGCAGUCAGAAAAACCAGGUCUCUCAGCGAGAUGUCCUGAUGGCCUUAAAGAAGCACCAUCCGAUUCGACUGCUCUUCGGAUUGGUGGGCUCUGGUGAGGCCUCCGCGCUCCAAAAGCGGCUGGAACGGAUUCAGGAGGCCUUUGAGUCAGGCUCAGGUCUCGGGGAGCUGGCACAGCUCUUCACCACCCUGCAGGACGCUUCUGGUUUUCCAAGCGCAUUUCACUUUGAUGCGCUGCUCUCCGCGUGUAAGACAGAGCUUGCAGAUCAUGCGCAGGCAGCGGUGGACGGUUUGCCCAAAGAGGCCACCGCGGUGGAAACCUUUACGCCAUCGAAGAGCUGGAGUGUCGUACCGCCAGGUGCAGCUUGCCCCAAAGGCCUUGAAUUCCGCAUGGAUAUGGAGACUGGCCAAACCCUUGCACGGCUCCCGCACAAGAAGACCUGAGAUGCACAGCGAAGACUAUCUUCCAACUCUGCGGUCCAGGGAGGAGUGGAGGGGCUGCACUGAUGC